AUGUCGCUUCGUCUCAGGAACAGGCUCACCAGACAGGAGAAUGAGCGGAUAGUCAGAAGAGUUCUCGACACCAAGAUUAGGAUUGGCGGCAAAUCUUCGUCAAUCCGCAACAAAGGUAGAGCUAGGAACCUAGAUACUAACGAUGGAUACGCGAUCGUGAACGCUAUUAAAGAGGUCAUAGAGGAUAACAGGCUGGACGUUAUCCAGGAAGGAAUGCUCUUCGCCGAGCUCGACUGGAGAUUCGAGUGCAGCGAAUGCCACGUUGUUAAAGACCUUUCCGGAUAUGUAGAGGCAAAUUCUUUCGAAAUCAAAGUCACCGACAAUGAUUUCAAGUUGAAGAGCGUGGGUUGUUGUAUGAGCUGCGAUGAGCAGCAUUAUGACGAAAAUGAUUGGGGAGAUUAUCAACUUUCAUCAGGGAGAAUCCAAGACCUUCCAGGUGAUCCAAAUAGGAAUUACUCCCCUAGAAGGUGA